AUGAUAGUUCCACCCCCAUGGGAGAACGAUACUCCACGGGAGUUGCCGCAGCCCUCUGCUGGUACAUUUGACGAACUCUUCUGGAGUGUUGUGCACACAUACACAGGCCACACACACGCAAGUUUGCAGCUAUUGCAGGAAGGAGGUGCGGCGCUGAGUAAAAGUCUUAUCUCCGGAUCAUCAUCUGUGUACGAUGUGGUACGUCCUAUUGUGCCCCCACAGUUACAGCAGGUGGAUUGUAUUCCAAAAGUAGUGCCAAUGGAAGAUCUUCCCAAUGUGGAAUGCUGCAGUGAUGCUAACGCCAUCAUAAUACUGCGGAAACGAUGUUUUGAGUACGGUGAGAGUGUGGCCCACCUGCUGUGGCUUACAAAAGAGUUUUCGGGAAGAUGGGGUCGCCUGCGAUUAGAAGAACGGGAAGAACUUCAUGCAGCCCUCACAAGGGAGCGAACUACGCGAAUACAUGAUGAUGAUCUUCGGGCAUGUUUCUCUGAUUUAAACUUCUCAAACAAGGGAUUACACCGGCUCACACCAGAUAUCACACGCUUUGCCAAUCUCACCACACUAGUAUUAAGUAAUAACCCAGAGCUUACAUCUAUUACAUAUCUCCCACCUGCUUGUUUGGUGCUUAUAGCGUGUGGGUGCUCUAUCAAAGAAGUGUGUGCUUCUAAGACUAUAACUUUUCUGGGACUUGCAUAUAAUAUGGUGGAGACGCUGGAUUUUCUUCAGGGUCUUCCAGAGCUACGUGUGCUCGACCUCACACGAAAUUCUCUCUUUUCAAUUGAAGCAACUGUAGAGGCAAUACAGAAACAACCCCUCUUAGAGGAUGUUACCUUCAUUGGUAAUCCCAUGGCAUUACUACACAACUACACGGAACAGAUGAUGAUGGGUUGCCCACGGCUACAACGACUAGAUCAUGUACCUACUGUAUAUAAUACUACUACUACUGCAACAACUAGUUCUGCUAUUAAUGCUGCCAAUGGCAACACCAACACCACUACCGCCACCGCCUCCGCCGCUACUGCUAUUGCAGCUAAUACUACUACUACUACUACUACUGGACAAGUUAAACGAAUGGCAAAUAGUACUCUUCCUGUUCCUGCCGAUGGAGAAGCUCCAGUUGCAGCGUCAAAAGAUGAGGUGAAAGAUACAUCUCCUUCCGUUUUGCUCUCUGUACAACUACUACAAAUUGAAGGACUUGGUGCACUGACACACACCCCAGUAACUGUUGAGGAACCAGGACUUUUAGCACAACAGGAGACAAAGGGAACAAAAGGGAAAAAGAAAGCCAAAGCAGCUCCUGUUGGACCAGCUUACGAAUGGACUACACGUAUGUCACUUUAUGGUUGUUGGGGUGGAAGUAAUGCUCUCCUUGUGGCAUGUGAAGAUCUGGAGUUAUUACCAGACGCAUUAUUAGGGGCACAACAACAGCAUCAUAUUAGUAAGAAGAAAGCACAAGCGGCCGCAACAGUUAUUGAAGAUAUAUUACAUUUAAACCAUACUGUUAACACAAGAGUACCUCCCAGUGCUGCACUUUCACAAUCUCUUGAACAACCCUUUUUUCUAAAAUUGGAAGUUCAUGAUGAAAUACGGUUCCCUAGCGGAAAUACCGUGAAACUGUCUUGCCCAAUUGGAACUUUCUAUGCAGAUGCUUCAGGUCUUCUUGUGAGCACAACACCGCCUCCACGCCGCAUUACAUUGCAGGAAAGACUUCUUAUUAGUGAGUCUGCACUGGAGGAAAUGCGAAUACAUGUACAUGAACUCCGUGAUCGCGCUGCCACCUCUAUAGAUACCCUUACACAAAUUACUUGUUCUUCUGAAACGCCUCUUACACUCUCUGGAACACGUGGAAGUUCACAACGUCGACGGAAAAAAUCUGUCUCAGUAACUGGUCGAAAUGCGGCAACAGAACAGUUAUUUACAGAGAUGAAGAAACGUGAAGAAGAAGUGGCGGAGUUACAAUUGUUGGCGAAUAUUGAAGAACGGCGUAUGGAGGAGUUGCAGCGAGCAGCACUGAUGAUAACAGUGGAGUUUUCACUUGGCUCUCCACCACAGGUUGUGGAACCGUUGGAUCCUUUAUCAAGUUCAACCGCACGUAGUAAAUCUUCUCGUCGCCGGCCUGCGGAAAAGAGUGAAUCGGUAAGACGACAACGAUGA